GGCGUCAAUGGUUGCCGUCAGACGGCGGCAUCUAAUGUCCACGAGAGGCAAGGCGUAUACUCUCUCAUCUUCUUCCCUUUAAAUUACGCUAAACCUAUAUUUCCUAUUAGGCUCUAAUACAGCUCAUCGGGAAGAAGGUUUGGGGCUUCUUUGGUCUUUUCCCUUCACCAGAGAGCCUGUAAGAGAGCGAAUGGGAGCGUAAAAGGGGUUUGGAAAUUAGUCUCGAGAUCCAGGAGGAGGAGAAUGGCCAACCGUAUGAUGAAGCAGAGCGACGGUGCUGCUCGCAGUAUGGACAUGCAGUACACACUGAUAAGGGAAUUGAAACCGGGAAUGAAGAAUCUCAGAUUAGUCUUCAUUGUUUUGGAAAUAGGCAGACCGAAUGUGACUAAAGAGAAUCAUGAAGUACGAUCAGUAAAAGUGGCAGAUCGAAGUGGCUGUGUUAACAUAUCAGUGUGGGGUGAACCUGGUCAGCUUUUACAGCCUGGGGACAUAGUAAAUCUAACAAAAGGGUAUGUGUCUGUGUUCAAGAAUUGUCUUACCCUUUAUGUUGGGAAAGGUGGUGACUUGCAGAAAGUUAGCGAAUUUUGUAUGCAGUUCAAUGAGGUGCCGAAUAUGUCUGAGCCUAACCCAGAUCUGGUCAAUCCUAUGAAGUCCAUUGGCAGUGGUGUCGGAGGUGGCAGCAGUGGUAACAGUGGGGGAGGGAGUAGUGGUGGAGGUGGGGACACUGGAGGAGGGGCUUCUCGUGGUUCACAAGGCAAUCUGGGGAAUUCAGGUGUUAGUCCUUUGUCAGACUCCAUUAGAGAUCCGAGGCUACAAAAGCCAAAUUCCAAUGGCGGUAACAUGGAUCCUCGAGCAAAUAAAGGUGGAGUCAAUAGCAUAAGUACGUCAAAUGGUCAUGCACAUCAUAACAGUGGAGGUAAACAUGGAGGUGGGGGAUCAAGCAGUUCCUCUUCGUCAAAUAAAAAUCGGAGUAAUAAUCACAUUCCUUCAAAUAGACAGUCAUCCAAGAGGUAAUAUUUAGUUAAAUUUGAUUAUGUGGAAAAUUUUAACAAUUUUUGGGAAAAGGUUAGUACCAUUCAGGUUUUGAAGGAAUUUUUGUAACUUAAAUGGACCUAAUAUGUAUGAAUCUUGUGCAGAGCAGUUUGCCUAGUGAAAUUUUUGGAGUUAAGGUGGUAAGUGAAACACAGGCUAUGAAGAAUUGCAGUUUGUAUGUAAACAGGUUAGGAUGGCGAAAGAAUAUAGAAAUAAUCAUAUAUUCUUUUUUGUGUGGUCAGACAGCAAGUAUGACAUCUAACAUUUAAGGUUUAAUUUGUAACCUUUUAGUUUUUUACGUGUAAUAUAUAUAUAUAGUAUAUAUAUAAUGUACAGUAUGAAUAUUUGAAAUGCAUUGAAUGAAAAUGUGUGUUUUAUGUUGUAUGACCUGCUGUAAUGAUGACAUUACUUAAGAUACAUAUGUAUGAAUGGUUUUGGUUGAAACCUGACUUGCAAAACAUUACUGUUUAUCUGAACGUAUAUAUGCUUAACAUUUUAUUAUAUUGGAUCAUGUAAUUAAAUGAAAUAUAUAUUUAUUUAGUUUA